CCCCGCAGCCGGGCGGAAGUCAGCCCGCGCCGUCGGAGCUUAAAAGGCUCCCGCACGCCGCGCCGCGCCAGUGCCGCCGCCCGCAGCGGGGCCGGAGCCAGCGCCGCCGCCAGCACCGCGUCCCCACUUUCCCCCUCCCGCCACCCCCCCCCCCCCCCCGGGCCGGCCCCCCCCCGGCUCUGCCCCCCCCCCGGCUCUGCCCCUCCGCACCCCGCCAGGCAGGGGGAAGGCGCCCGGCGCGAUGGCUCUCCCCGGAUCCCACGCCGCCCGGGACGGUGCUGCCGCAUCAAGCUGCUCUGGAUUGCAAAAGUGGAGGGGGGAACUGAAACGAAAUUUCCCCUUCCCCCCCGACAAGCACAGGUUUAAAGGAAAAGAGGAAAAAACCCAACGCCCCAAGAAGAAAGAGCGAAACUUGAGUUAAGCCCCUGCUGCCCCCCGCCCGGCCAAGAGGGACUUGCACUGCCGCCCCGACCCCGUCCUGCGGCCGUGGGAACCGGAGCCGAGCCCCGGCGGACGGAGGCCCGGUCCCCGCUGGAUGCGGUGGGGAUCGGGCGGUUGGCGCCCAUGCACUUUCUGUUCAGGAAGACAAGUAACCAAACCGCGUUGUCAAACUGCUGACCCGAGGGGGAAAUGAGAAGACUGCGUGAGGUAUUGACCGAUCUGGGAAUCGAUACAAUUUGUCUAAUGCGGCGGGGGAUCGGGGGUUAAGUACAUGUGAAGGAAGAGAGGAUCCAUUUGCUGAGAGAGAACGGGACAGCUACACCUUGAUACCAAAAAUACCCCCCGCAGCAGCAGCAGCGGGAGCAGCAGCAAGCCCGGUAGCAGCGCGGUACGAGGCGAGGACCCAGCUCCCUGCAGACUGCUGGAUCGAUGACACCGUAUUUGCAAAACCGGCCAAUCGAUCCCACUUGGCAAAACGACUGAUCGAUGCCAGCUUGCUCGUAAGCCGCUAGCAGAACUACCUUCUCCAAACGCCCCCCGUCUCCUCUGUGUUUUCUGCGCACGUUUUUGUCUUGUUUUUUAUUUUGGUAAGGGAGGGGAGAUAACAUUUUUACCCCCCCAUCGAGGAGUCAGGCCCAUCGCAAAUGGCUUCGUUUCCCGAGUCCGACUUCCAGAUCUGCCCGCUGUGCAAGGAGAUGUGCGGCUCGCCGGCUCCCCUCUCCUCCAACUCCUCCACCUCCUCGUCCUCCUCGCAGACCUCCGGCUCCUCUGGGGGCGGCGGCGGCGGCUCCUCCUGCGGGGGCCCGCCGCGGCGGCUCCACGUCCUGCCCUGCCUGCACGCCUUCUGCCGCCAGUGCCUGGAGGCGCAGCGGCACCCCGGCGCAGGGGACUCGCUCAAGCUGCGCUGCCCCAUCUGCGACCAGAAGGUGGUGAUCUCGGAGCCCUCGGGCAUGGACGCGCUGCCUUCCUCCAACUUCCUCCUCAGCAACCUGCUGGACGUCGUCGUCGUGGCCGCCGCUGCCGACGAGCAGAAGAACGGCCGCGCCGCCGGGGCCGGACCCGCCGCAGGCUCCGGCGCGGGAGGGGGGAGCGGCGGCGGCGGCGGCAACAACCGCCACCACGGCCGCCCGCCGCCGCCGCCCCGUGCCUCCGGCUCGUCGCCCGCCGCCGCCUCGGCCGCGCCUUCCUCGACGUCGUCGUCGUCCUCCUCGGGCGGCGGCGGCGGCUCGGCGGCGCUGCUGCUGCGGCGGCCGCACAGCCGGCAGGGCGAGCCCCGCUGCAGCUCCUGCGACGAGGGCAACGCCGCCAGCUCCCGCUGCCUCGACUGCCAGGAGCACCUGUGCGACAACUGCGUGCGGGCGCACCAGCGCGUCCGCCUCACCAAGGACCACUUCAUCGAGCGCUUCGCCGCCGGCCCCGCCGCGCCGAUCGCCCUCAGCCCGCCCUACCCCGCCUCGCCCUACAACAUCCUCUCGGUGUUCCCCGACCGGGCCAGCUACUGCCAGCACCACGACGACGAGGUACUGCAUUUCUACUGUGAUACCUGUUCUGUCCCCAUAUGUCGGGAAUGUACCAUGGGACGACAUGUGGGUCACAGCUUUAUCUACCUCCAAGAUGCCCUGCAGGAUUCCAGGACUCUCACCAUUCAGCUCCUGGCAGAUGCUCAGCAAGGACGACAGGCUAUUCAACUGAGUAUUGAACAGGCCCAGGCUGUGGCAGAGCAGGUUGAGAUGAAAGCGAAGGUGGUACAGUCUGAAGUCAAAGUAGUGACUACUAGACAUAAGAAGGCCUUGGAAGAGCGGGAGUGCGAGCUACUCUGGAAGGUGGAAAAGAUUCGUCAAGUCAAGGCUAAGUCACUCUACUUGCAAGUCGAGAAGUUACGUCAGAACCUAAAUAAGCUGGACAACACCAUUAGUGCUGUUCAGCAGGUCCUGGAGGAAGGUCGUACCAUGGAUAUUCUCCUGGCUCGGGACCGCAUGCUGGCUCAGGUACAGGAGCUGAAGAAUGUGAGAGGCCUUCUCCAGCCACAGGAAGAUGACAGGAUCAUGUUCACUCCCCCUGACCAGGCAUUGUAUAUGGCCAUUAAAUCAAUGGGCUUUGUCAGCAGCGGGGCUUUCGCUCCUCUGACCAAAGCCACUGGGGAAGGCCUCAAGCGUGCACUGCAGGGCAAAGUGGCCUCUUUCACAGUGAUAGGCUACGACCACGAUGGUGAGCCUCGCCUCUCGGGAGGUGACAUGAUCUCUGCAGUGGUGAUGGGCCCAGAUGGAAACCUCUUCGGGGCAGAUGUCAGUGACCAGCAGAAUGGAACCUACCUGGUCAGCUACCGCCCACAGCUAGAGGGGGAGCACCUGGUGUCCGUGAUGAUGUGCAACCAGCACAUUGAGAACAGCCCUUUCAAAGUCGUCGUGAAAUCUGGACGCAGCUACAUAGGCAUUGGGCUGCCAGGGCUCUCCUUUGGCAGUGAGGGAGACAGUGAUGGCAAACUCUGCCGCCCCUGGGGGGUUAGUGUAGACAAAGAAGGCUACAUCAUCGUUGCUGACCGCAGUAAUAACCGCAUCCAGGUGUUCAAACCAUGCGGGACCUUCCACCACAAGUUUGGCACCCUGGGCUCCCGGCCGGGCCAGUUCGAUCGCCCUGCCGGCGUGGCUUGCGACAUCUCGCGUCGCAUCGUUGUAGCUGACAAGGACAAUCAUCGCAUCCAGAUCUUCACGUUUGAGGGGCAGUUCAUUCUGAAGUUUGGGGAAAAAGGAACAAAGAACGGGCAAUUCAAUUACCCAUGGGAUGUGGCCGUCAAUGCAGAGGGGAAGAUCCUGGUCUCUGACACAAGGAACCAUCGUGUUCAGCUGUUUGGGCCAGAUGGUGUGUUUCUUAACAAGUAUGGCUUUGAAGGGGCACUCUGGAAGCACUUUGAUUCCCCCAGAGGUGUGACUUUCAAUCACGAGGGCCACUUGGUAGUGACGGACUUCAACAACCAUCGCCUUCUGGUCAUCCAUCCGGAUUGCCAGUCAGCACGCUUUCUGGGCUCGGAGGGCACUGGGAACGGCCAGUUCUUGCGCCCGCAGGGAGUGGCGGUGGAUCAAGAGGGGCGCAUCAUCGUGGCCGACUCCAGGAACCACCGGGUGCAGAUAUUCGAGUCAAAUGGUAGCUUUUUAUGCAAGUUUGGCACUCAGGGAAGUGGCUUCGGUCAGAUGGACCGUCCUUCAGGUAUAGCUGUCACCCCUGAUGGCAUGAUUGUUGUGGUCGACUUUGGAAACAAUCGAAUUCUCGUCUUCUAAUCUGUGUUUGAAUUAGGAAGAAACUGUCUCAGGGAAAUUCUUCUAAGAGAAAAUGAAAAAAUACAACGUUAGUUCAAACCUACCUCAUCUUUAAUUUUUUUACAGAUGAAUGUACUUAUCUUUUGUGCAGGGAGUGAGCCUGUAAAGUUUGAAUUCUAUCUACCUCAUUGCCCUCCCUUCCCUUCCUGGUUUCUUGCCCCUGUCCCCCAUCCCCACACACUCACAGUUCAGAACGUUUUACCUCUUUUCCCCCCGAUGGGGUUUCAUGCACAAACAAGUGUUGCUGUGCACAUUAGGUGGUUUGUGUGGUGAGUUCUGUAGACUAAGCCAAAAAAGGCUCAAUGUAACUUUUUUAAUGGAGGAGAUGGUAGUAGGUGUUUGUAGGGAAUUUGUGUUCUUGACCAUACUGCAGUUCUGUGGGGGGGAUAUGGGAGGGGGGACUUUUGUUUUGUUUGAUUGCUGCUGCAGCAGAGAACUUUAUCCUGUUCUCCUUUUUAUACCUCAGUGUGUUUGAUUUAUUGGUGAGCACAGCAUCUUGCUCCCAGAUGACUUGGAACGUUUUGUGACAGUGAGUGGGAUUCACUCUCUGGGAAGAGCAAGUUUGUAUUAUUAUUUUUUGGCAUUUCUGUGUAUUUUUUUCUGAAACACAGUAAUCCAACAGCACAAAUUGAAGCUGAUGAAAAUGCACAAAAAUUCUUUAAGUUUAAAACCAAAUUGUUCAUUUUAGUGGCUUAGUGCGGUGGUUGUAAAGUUUAGGAGAAAAGCAAGGCUUCCUUUAAUGUACCCCGUCAGUGAGUAUUUCUUUUUUUACCCUUUUUACCUGAAAUCUGUUUAAAAGUUGCUGUUUAUUUUAUCAUUGCACCUAAUCUGGAUAACAGAAGAGGUUACAAGGAGCAUUGAAACAGGGAAAAUCAAACCCUUUUGAUUUACUUUCUUGUGAAAUGACUAGCUUUUUUUUUUUUUGCCCCUCCCCAUAGAGAGACUUUAAGGGAAUAACGUUUGAGUGGAUUUGCUAGAACAGAAGUGGUACCUUUUUCCACAAGUAAGAAAUAAGCACAGCUUUGGAGAUUCAGGGUGUGUUUUGGAGAAGUCAGCAGGUUUUUUUGUGUGUUUAAAGAGGAUUGCAAUAACUAUCAGUGACAAACAUUUUCUCAUCUUCUGGCUUCCCCAAAGAGCUGGACUGAAACAUUCAGGAAGGUCUGCUGUAGUUCUUAGGGUCGGGUGGGCUUGUAGCUCCAUGUAAGUCUUGCUACAGAUCCAAGUGAAAAGUUACCAGUACCAGCAUAAGGCAAACUGCAUCAAGAUGAAACUUUGCUGCUUUUUUCCAGGGCAGUACCAAAGAAUUCUGUGUAAAAUAAAUGUAUAUGAUCCUUAAAAACUUGGAGGCAGGAGGAAGAUGGCCUUUUCGGGGAUGUAAAACCAGCUUUUCGGAGAAGCAGAAACUUUUGGGGAGAAUAGAGAUCUCUCUAGCAAAAUGUGACGUUGAGUCCCUGGAAGUAUUCUUGUCUAUUCUUCAACUUCGUGCUUUCCAGUUUAGUAGUUAAUGCAGAUACGGUCUCUACAGAGCUGUUGCUUCAUGCUCUGGAUAAGGCCUUUGGUGGCAAUCAAGAAUGGUUAAAGUAGGGAACAGAGGGCUUUUCUCUCUCUCUCUGCAAUGGAAAAAUGCAUGCAUCAGUACUCUUAGGCUUGGAAAUGCCAUGGGAUUUACCUUACUGCUUGCAAGAGAUCAUCUCCGAAAUGUCAAUGUGGUUGUUACCAAAAAGUCCAAAGAGCCAUAACCAUCCUGCAAGGAAAGGGUUCAUCUCUGCCAGCCACCAUGCACAAAAGUGACCUGAGAUUGAAAGGCUCUUUACAAGUUUGUGAGAAAUCACAAGGUGCACUUUCCUUCUUGCUGCUUUUCCCCUCCGAGGAGUGUUAACUUUCUGGGCUUUGUAGAAAUCCCCAUGAUGUGUGCAGACAGAUAGCUGCCACUGUAGAGGAGGCUUAAACUAAAGGACCAGAAAGAAAGACAGAUUCAUGAGAUGGCAAAACCUCUUUUGAAAGAAGGGUGAGGAAAAAACACCUAACGUCAGUGGGAUAAGAUAACUGUGCUGCCUUUCAGCCAAAGCCUCAAGGAAGCAAACUCUUCAAAGCAGUGUGUUUCAGUUAGGCUUAAUCUUAGGAUAGCAUGGUUUAAAAAUAGUCUUUAAAGGAUAAUCUUUUAUACAGAUGUCUGUCAUUAAAUUGCUGUGGCCACUCCAAAUAUGGGUAUGAGAGAAAGCUAGUUUACCUUCAACUUUGUCAAGUUCUGCUUGUGUACAUGCCUCUCUUUUUGGGGGUGGCCUACAGUUGUGACAGAUACCCAAGCAAUACAUGCUUGUCUUGUGUUAUUCAGUCCAAGAAUGAUUUUCAGCUUGGGCUGUGAAAACUUGAUAUCCUGCAAGAUCUAGAUACCAAAGAAAACUGGUUUAAAAAGCUUUAACGUUUAGUUUGGAGUGUCCUUGCAUUUAUCCUAUCAUGUCUUAAUAAAAAUGCCAGGUCUUUCGACACCUUGACCAGUGUGGCUGACAACGUUGGAGUGCGCUAGAAAUGUUCUUGUGCUUUAAUGCUAGUUGGGUUCCCCCCUUCUCUGGGGCUAGAAGGGAGGUGUUUUCCAGGCAUUGAAGAAGUUAAAUGUGCAUUCAGGAUUGUGUUGAACUGCAGAAACUUUCUUGCCCCUCUGCAGUCUGCACCGCAUAGAAGGUGACAGGCACUGAAGUUGCCCUUUGCUGUUUCAUAUGGAGCCAUUGCACAAACCCGCAGUCCAGCUCUGUCAGGAAGAGGAAUGACUUUAACUCUAAAUUGCUGUCUAUUUAAUCCAGUGGGAUUUGCUUACAAACCAAACCUCAAGUGUUUGACCUCACGUGUUGGGGAGCUUUUUCGUUUUAAAAACAAGACUAUUUAGCUUCCCAAAAUAAUUCCUUAGCUUUGUCAUAGAUAGUGCUAAGCACACUUGGUCUCAUUGAAAAGUGGUAGUGUAGCUUAUAAAAAGGAGCGUUUUAUAUGCAAUGAAAAUAAGUAGCGGUAAUGUACAAUGCCAACAUCAGAUGCCCCAUAGGGGCUUUUAAAAAGUAAUACUUAAAUGACUUUCAAACCUUGCUCUGUUUUUCCAUGCAUGUUCUCAGGCUAUGCAUGUUCUCAGGUUAGUACCCCAGUAUCAUAACAUACAUACAUGCGUGCAGGGAGAAAAAGCAAGGCUUUGAAGCUGGAUUGCAAACUGAACAAGCAUUCAGAGUAAUCUUAACUAGUAGGAAUGGCCUGGAGAAGGGAGAGGUGAGCAUGUGCCUCUUUCCCUUAGCUCUGACACUGGGGAACAGCUGAUGCGGGUGACAGAGCUGCCUACUAGAACUCCCAAAGGAAUUUCACUAUGCCAGGUUAAACCAGUGGCUCUCCGUAAACUUUCAGUUUGACAGAAUGCUCUCAGCAGUCAGGAUGGCUGCUCUGGGUUCAGCCUAUGAAGCAAUCUUGUCCUUUUUCAGAACUACUUGAGAAGGAACCUUAAUAGCAAACUGAAGCAGACUCAGUACUUGAUAAUGCAGGUCCUUCAGAUAACUCCUUUGCAUUCAGUACCUUUUAAAUACAACUUAUUUAGGAAAGCCCAUAAGCCUUAAACUUGUAAAGAAAGCAAAGGAAGGCAACACCUGAAAACUAAUUGUUAUUGGGUAGCAUAUUGGGAGCCAGAUAUAGCCAAGUUGUGAGAAAGAACAAGGCGCUUGGAUGUGGUAUUCCCUUGGAAUUGCAGGUAAAUGGGUCCAGUUUAUUACGUUACAGUUAAACCAAAAUUACUUUCUGAAGAGAGCAGGCUUCUUGGUUCAUCCAGCCAUAACUUUGAUCAUAAGAUUUUUGUUCGGUUCUGGUUUAAGAAAAAUAAAUUGUGCCAAAGUGUUUUGUUUAUUUUUUUAAAGGAGUGUAAGCCAAAUGGUGCCAAAAGGUAAUAGGGUAUUUAAAAGUAGAGAUAUUUAGACAAACAGUUUGGAGCUGUAUAAAAAAUGAACACUGGUACUUGCGUUAGACAAAUAUUGUACCUUUGGUCUUUGAGUCCUUGGGAGUUUGAAACCCAGUUUGCUGUGGUACAAAAUGCACAACUAGAGAUGCCACUAUCUCUUUUUCUUGAAGUUCUACCUCACUUUGCAAAAGUAAAUCAUCUACCUCAAUUUAGCAUCAGACAGGUUUGAGAAAUGAUGGAGAAUCUGCCUGGGGGAAGGAUUCAUCCUGCCUGUUGGACAAGCAUUUCAAUUGAAACAGAGAUACUAAGUGUGUACAAUGUGGUGACUGCUUUUGUUUGCUUUUGUUUUUGCUGCCUGCCCAUGGAAACAUUAAGCUGCCCUUGCUAGAGAAUCUGUAAAUAAACCCAGGUAAACUGGACCGAGAUACCCGAAACACUUCUGAGUCCGUUCCAUUUUCACUACGAAGUAUGGAAAUGUAAACUCUUUCAGUAUUAUGACACUACUAGCUGACAUGACACACACUUCAUGUUUAUUUGCAGUGUUCUGAUGUCCAUAAGGCCUUUAGGUCUUCUCUCUACAAGAGAAAAAUGUUGAUGCCUGCCUACAAAUAUGUUCUGUUUGGAAAGAUGAACGUUACGAGUGCUGUAAACACAAAUGCGAUACCAAAUGCUUGAAGGGAAUACGAUCCUGAUUAUUUUAUUUUUAUUUUAUUUUGACCUGGUGAUUGUACUAGUGGCUUUCUUGACUCAAUGGGAUUUUUUCCACCAUGACAAAGCAACCAGGUUCCUAUUCCUGGAGGGCAGUUCAGGUUCAGACAUUCUCAGGAAGGCAGUUUAAAACCAGUAUGUUGGGGGUUUAUGCAACUUGAAUAGUGACAUGCAAUGUGCCCCUUGUUUUACCUGUUAAGUGAAGUUGCAGAAGCACAUGUUCAGAUUACUGUGUUGACAAAACCUUUUUUUCCUCCCCUGCUCAUAUUAGGGGGUGACAGCAGUGGGUACAGGAGACCCCUAGUAACGAUAGGCUGUGAUGAGUUUGGUAAAUGUUCUGGUGGAAAAUGUACAUUGAUGUCUCUAAGUGAUCUUACGGGUGAACGAGCCAGACUGGCAUCUUUUUCCAUCAUUGUUUAACCAAUAAUGGUUCUAAAAAUGCUUUGUGUACCUGCAUGGUCUUAGACCUUCUAUUAAUGAUUGUAUCAACUUACAAACUCAGGUAGAUAAUUUUUUAAGCUCUUUUCAUAGAGCCUUACUGACUGAAUGUUAAGUGUCUGUGUAGUGACGUAGUUAAGUAACUUCCUUUUGAACUACCAGACUAGUUUAAAAAGAAAAAGUCCUUUUAGAGGUUUGUAGAGUACUCUUCAGCCAAUGUAGUAAUUUUUCCUUCAGAGGGAGAGAUGUCUGUUUCUGGGUUUUGUUUUUAGUUUCUUUGCUAAAAUGACUAAAAGGUUUUUAACUAGUUCGUAAGGUGUGUGUAGUCACCUGAGUUGGUGGGGGUUUCUUACUGUAUGUGACUCUUGUUUGUACUGUGCAUUACCUGUCAUGCGCUGCCUGGUUCAUGCACAAAUUCGGUGGAGUAGCGAGGGUGCAAUUUCAGUCAAACAGAUUGGCAGCCUUGAACAAAACUGGGGUCAUCCACAUAGAACCAAUGUUACUGCAUUUUCUUCUCCUCAUUUAACUGUGGAUGUAUGGCCUCAUCUUACAAAGCUUCGUUACCACUGUGAGCAGCGUUGCCUUGGUGCAGGUUUGCAUCAGGAUCCUGAAGGAUUUGGUCAGGCCAUAGAUGUUUGGCAUCUUGAGUCAGUUUUGUAGUUCCCUCUGCUGUUGCAGUUAUUUCUUUCCUACUGUAGCUGAUGCUGCUGCUCUCCUAAUGAUGAUAAAUGUCUCAGCAGGACAGGCAGCGUUCUGCUUUUAAUGAGCUGUUCAGAGCUUUUAUAUCUAAUUGAUAAUGAGACAGGCAGUGACAAGAACGUCCAUGCUCCAAAAAGGGCAUCAGUCACAUUUUUACUUGGACAAAAAGCGACAUGAUUUUCAGAUGUUGAGUACUGCAGAGGGGGAAGCAUGACAGGUUAUGUGCAAACUUUUACGUAGAAUAAGCAAGCAAAAAUGUUAGAACCCUUGUGUUAAUGGAGGCUUCUGAAUGUAUCUUUGUGGUCCAUAGGGAAGGCUGAAGGAUGUAGCAAGGAGAUGAUGUAUCAGCUACUGGCAGCCUUAAAACAAAGUCAGUGUCUCUCUGGACUUUAAAAUGUUCCUAUGCAGUUUAUUUUAUUUUUGUUUAAUCAAAUAAAUGUGAGGAGUUUUUUUCAUGGCAAA